AUGACGAAAUUCUCGCUAUGGCUGGCCGCUGGCACCAACAACGUUCUUCCCGCUGGCGAUCCUUAUGCUCACCACCUCUUCAUGCGCUGUCUAUUCCAUGCGAAACACGACGAUACCAUCAAAUUUGAUGUGAAGACCACGAAAAUCACCAAGACAAGCGAUGAGUUCAAGGCGACCGGUCUGCGACGAGUGCCUGGAAUUUUCGUUGUCGAGGAGAGCGGAGAGACGCAGACAUUCGAGACAGAGGACGAGAUUUUGGACUUUUUGGAAUAUUUGAAACCGUCGAGAGGCGACGAUGAGGAGGCGGAGAAUGCGACGUGCGAUUUGUUCAGACAGUUUGCACGUUUUGUGAAGGAUGUGGAGCAUUCGGAUACGGCACUCAACACGGAAUUGCUCCGCCUUGACAAGUACCUAUCGGAGCACGGUACCAGAUUUUUGCUAUCUGAUGAUAUUGCUCACUUGGAUUGCCUUGUUUUGACAAAACUUCACUCGAUUCGGAUUGCAGCAAGGCACCUAAAAAACUAUGAAAUCCCAUCCGAACUGUCCCAUGUCUUGGAUUAUUUGAAAGCUGGUUACGAUACUGAAAUGUUCCGCCUAUCUUGCCCAUCUGACCAGGAAAUUAUCAUUCAUUGGACCGAAUUGAAGGAUACACCCAAUUUGAGUGCGAAAGACCGGGCGAAAUUGGUCCGCGAUGAGCCGGUUUAUAGUUUUACGAUUUGA